AUUUCGAUUAAUCCUGAUGAAAAAAGAAGCCAUACAAGAUUGAGUGGUGGUGGACACAUUGAGGUAUCAAUAAUUUCCCAUUCCUUCUUUUGGAACCCUCAUAUUUGUUUAAUUCUUUAAUUAUAUGCAUUUGAACCAUGAAUGAGUGGGACAAGAUUAGGCCUAAAGUGAGUCUCCAUGUCCUUAAUGAUUUUGUUAAGAGGGAGUCAAUACAUUAAAACAAAAAUGGAGUCUUUUGUGAUCAUCGACAUGGGCCAACACUUCCACGCUCCUUCCCCACUCCUUCCUAGCCUUAGCUACUUGUUUCUCUCUUCACCCAUAUAGCAAAUAAGUAAAAGCUUCCACGAGGAAUGGCUUUCGGGCGCAAGGAAGUUCACUAAGGAGGCCACAACAUUACCAAAUGACCAACCGACUACAUUUGACUUGAAUCCUCUGGUUGCAAUUCGUGUGCAUUUGCGUUUAUAUUAUAAAAGAGGGAAAAAAAAAAAAAAGAAAUACCUCGAAAAGAAAAGAAAGGAAGUAGGCUCGGCCCUUGCAAUCUUACUCUCCUUAAAUUCGCCUAAAAUAAGAUUAUCUUGCACGUAAAAGCUUUCAGCUUUCAAGUGAAAACAGCGAGAUUCAAAAAGGGAGUUUUCUUUACCACUCUAUUCCCAUUUGAGAGUCGAGAAUUUCCUCACUGCACGCUCAAUUCCUCAUUUAGAAUAUAUUCUUAGCUUGCUAGUCCUGUUUUCUCUUGCAUAACCUCAAUUCAAGCAAGAAUGUCUUUUUGAAGGCAUGGACUUCCUAUAAAGGACUAUAGUGUCUGAAGCUAAAGCCAUGUCAAAGAGUUGUUUUUUAACACGCCCAUCUGCUAGAAUGGGUAGAGCUCUAUUUGAAAUCAAGCAAAAAGAUGGUUUUUCUAUAAACCCUCCUCUUCUAUCACCCCCCACUUCAACCUCAACUCCUUACAACAGUAGUUUCAGCUAUGAAAAACAAUCAAGUCCUUCAUCAUCUUUUAAUAGAAUAAGUCCUGUACUUCUUUUGGUUAUAAUAAUUCUAGCUGCUGUCUUCUUUGUUUCUGGUGUUCUCCAUUUGCUUGUUAGAUUUUUCAUGAAAAGAUCACAUUUUUCUCCAAUCUAUCAUUCCAAUAGAAUCCCAGAGACCUCCAGGUCUCAUUCUCUGCAAAGACAGCUUCAACAACUCUUCCGGCAGCAUGACUCGGGUCUAGACCAAGCUUUCGUUGACGCCCUACCAGUGUUCUACCAUAAAGAUAUCAUGGGUUUGAAGGAGCCAUUUGAUUGUGCAGUUUGUUUGUGUGAAUUCACAGACAAGGACAAACUCAGGUUGCUUCCCAUGUGUAGCCAUGCCUUUCACAUUGACUGUAUUGAUACGUGGCUUCUAUCAAACUCUACUUGCCCUCUUUGUAGAGGGACCCUUUUGAGCUCCAGUCUUCCCAUGGAAAAUCCGUUGUCCAAUUUUGAAUUUUUGAUGGAAGUCUCAAAUGGGUUCUCCAGCGAUGGAGAAAAUGGAUCUUCCAACGGUCCAAAACCAGGUAAUAUGGAGGAAAAUGUAGGUGAAAAGAGGGUAUUCUCUGUGAGACUUGGCAAGUUUAGAAGCCUGAACGAGGGAGAACCUAGCUGGACAGGACAAGGAGAGACUAGCAGAUGUAAUUUGGACGCUAGAAGAUGUUACUCAAUGGGCACAGUUCAAUAUGUGGUAGAUGAUUCAAAUCUGCAAGUGGCCUUGUCUCUUGACAUAGCUAAUGGCAGAGGAGACAACGAGUGUCCUUUAAUUGACGGGGAUGUGGAAGACAAGAAAAUCAGAGGAAGGACAAGAGGGGAUAGCUUCUCAGUAUCCAAGAUUUGGCUAUGGUCGAAGAACAACAGAUUUCCAACUUGUUCAAGAACACAGAUGGAUAUGUCUUCUCUUCCUGUAAGUUAAUUUGCCAAAAGCAAUGACAAAGCCUGCAACAAAAAGAGAUGUAUUAACCAUACUGUUUUGGUUCUUAUCAAUUGAUGAUUCACUUGGCAGGGCCUGUAAAUAUGUUUUUAUGUUCUUCUAUAUCUUCUGGUUACUGCUUUACUGUUGAUAAAGAUUCACACUUGAGCAAAUUAUUUAAAGCAUACGCUUCCAUACGUGCAAUUCCUUGUGCAAAUUAAAUGAAUAGCUAGCGUGUUUACGAACAUUGGGAAUUGUAGGAGCUGAUACAAAUGUAGAUCAACAGCCAAAUCCAUUGCCCCCUUACCAUUGAUUGAUUGGUCCAGCCUCAUCAAUCAUCAUGGUUAAAAGAGAUUAAGAAACUAGAUCCUCCAUCUUCCUCUCUUCUAACCUCGAUUUGGGGCAUUCGUGGGUUACCUCCUGCUGGCAUUGAAGCUUCAUGUCUGUUGGCUGUUUUUAAGAGCUUUUGGUCUUUGAUGUGUUCGGCUUUGUAUGGCUCUCGAGAAUGCAAUAUUUCUUUCUUUCAUGCUACUACGAGGACUGAGGAUGGUGAUUUGGCAAUGGCGGUGGCGUCAGCAAGCCUUCAUGCCUAGGGUGGAUGUGUUUGUUCUUGGGCCUCUAUGUGGGCCUUCUUGAGCUGACAUUGUUCAUAUUCUUGUUUAAGGGGUCUUUAGUGUAUUCUAGCUUUCGG